AUGCAUAUUGCGUUUGGAAUUGGGAGAUUCGGCGUCGGAAUCGAGGCUCAUAGAGUCGAGAUCGCUAGUCGGGUCUUUAGCUUCGCCCUUGUCGUCGUCUUACAAUGGAGCUCUGACAGUUCCGGAACCCGCCUAGUCAGGGCUAGCAUGCAAGGGCGCGUCAGCAGUAUCCGAAACUUCGACUUCUAG